GAGUUCAAAGAGCCACCAAAGUCUUUAAUCAAAAAAAAAAAAAAGGUGGGUCCCUUUUAAUUAAAUCACUUUUAAUUCGAAGUCCUUAACCAUAACAUCUACCUUCUCUCCUAAUUCAAUUCGGAGGACUAACACCAAAUCUGGUUCUCUGUUUAUUUAUUUUCCAGAUCAAUCUGAAUAUCGGACAGCAGAGUUUUCCGUUUUCCUUUCCUUUGCUUUCCAAAAGAAAAAGAACCUAAAAAUCGGGGUGGCUAUGAUGAUUGAAUAAAAAUCUAAGAUGUCUGAGAAGAAGAAGAUGAGAAGUGAAGCCAGCAGCAGCAACAGUAAUAGCAGCGACGAUUCUGUGGUUGUUGAUGUUGGUCGCCGUAGAAACUCAUGUGGUUACUGUAAAUCUGGUGGUCCCAAUAGUAUCUCCCAUGGAUUAUGGGCACGCAAUCUGACAGUUGAUGACUAUCAAGCUCUUCUAGAUAGAGGAUGGAGAAGAUCCGGCUGUUUCUUGUACAAACCUGAGAUGGAAAAGACUUGCUGUCCUUCUUACACCAUCCGUCUCAAAGCAAGUGAUUUUGCUCCUUCCACAGAACAACGUCGGGUACUGAAACGAAUGCAGAGGUUUCUGGAUGGCACAUUAGAUAAAAGUUCAGAUGACUUAAUGGAUGCAACAGAUACUUCAGGUGAUGCACAAACCACUUCCUCCAGUCAAAGUCGAAGCCUUGCAGCAGCGAAGUCCUUGACGGGUAAACUUGAGGAGAAGUACAAAGCUGAACCGUUGAUCCCGCAUAUGGAAAGUCAGAUAGAUAAAGCAGUACAUGUGUGCAUUGAAAGUGGGGAUCUUUCUUCUGAUUUUCAGUUUCCAAAAGUCUCUGUAAAAAUGGUUGCACCUGCUAAAAGAAAGUUAUCCACUGAAGGGUCAGAGGAUCUGCUAUUUACCAGCAGCAUCUCAUUCCAGAUUGCAGCUGCUUUAAGGCGACAAAGAAAAGAUGUUGAGCAUGAAAAAAUAUCAGAAUUGGGAGCUGGGAAAAGGGGGCAAGAUGCUGAUGCCCCAAAAGUGAUUGCUGCAAAACUAGCUUCCCGUCUAAACUAUCUAGCAGAAUCAUUGGGCUUAUUAGUUAGAUCUUGCAAUGGACAUAUAAACUUUUAUUCUUAUGAAAGACGAGUUGGUAAAGAUGCCGUAGUCAGCAACCAUAAUGAGAUGAAGCAAUCCUCAUCAGGAAUCUGUAGUAAAGUGAGCUUCUCCUCAACACCAUGUGAAAACCAUGAGCUCAAAAGGAGGAGGUUUGAGGUCCGUCUUAAAAGGUCCAGUUUUGAUCCUGAAGAAUAUUCCUUGUAUAGGAGGUACCAGAUUAGAGUGCACAAUGAUUCUCCUGAUGAAGUUGGUGAGAGCUCAUACAGGAGAUUUUUGGUUGAUACACCCUUAAUAUUCGUUCCCCCAUCGGGGGACCCUACUGUUCCCCCUUGUGGCUUUGGUUCUUUCCAUCAACAGUAUCUGAUUGAUGGGCGGCUAGUUGCCGUUGGUGUCAUAGAUAUUCUCCCUAAGUGUUUGUCGAGUAAAUAUUUGUUCUGGGAUCCAGAUCUUGCCUUCUUAUCAUUAGGUAAGUAUUCAGCCCUUCAAGAAAUAAGGUGGGUUACACAGAAUCAAGUACAUUGUCCUAGUCUCCAGUACUAUUAUCUGGGUUACUACAUCCACUCCUGCAGCAAAAUGAGAUACAAAGCUGCAUACCGGCCUUCUGAGUUGCUCUGCCCUUUGCGUUAUCAGUGGGUCCGAUUUGAUGUUGCCAAGCCACUGCUCGACAGGAAACCCUACACAGUUUUGUCUGAUUUUCCCACACUUAGUGGAGAGCCUCUUCCGCCUAGUAACCUUGAAAAGUAUGAGGAACAAAAUGACGAACACUUUCACGGAUCAAAUGAUAUUUUUGUUGGUGAGGAUGAGGAAAUGGAUGAAUUUAAUUAUGAAGGUUCAGAUGACGAAUUGGUUGCUGAGAGCAGUGACAUCCAGCCCAAAGUAGAAGAUGGAGAUAUUGGUAGCAUUUUGAUUGGGUUGAAGGAAGUUCGUCUGAGAUACAAGGAUUUGAGGCAAGCUUUUGCUUCCAGUGAAAGGCGGUAUAUGGAGACUCAACUGCAUAGAUACAUGAGGGUUGUUGGUGCGGAGCUCUCUGAACGAAUGGUUUAUUUGUUGGGUUGACUCUUCAAUGAGUAACACUUUUCGGAAUUUCAGUGCAAAAAUUUCCUUGUCCUCAUUUGGAAAUAUCAUGUCCUUGUGUUGUUGGUAGAGCUAGGGAGCCUGGGAAAGCUUCCAAGCAGUUUGUUUUUGUAUUCCUUGUGUAUUCAAACUAGAGGGGAAACUGUUCAAUUAAGUUGCAUUGUGCAUUUGUUAUAACAUGGGGACUUGCAGUUAUUACGGUUGCUGCUCUGUCAGUUGACCUGGUACAAAAACGGAUCCGAUUUUGGUGGAAUUACUCAAUAUGGCACUUGAUUGGGAAUCUUCAA